AUGGCCGCAGGCCUGCUUAGUGGCGGACCAGUGUCAUUGGUUUACGGGUUCAUAUUGGCAUUCGCCGGAACCAUUGCCACGGCUUUGUCAUUGUCCGAGGCUGCUUCAAUGAUCCCAAGUGCAGGGGGACAGUAUCAUUACGUCGCCGAGCUCUCUCCGCCUUCGAUUGCUCGCCCUCUGAGCUGGGCUGCUGGCUGGCUGACCAUGUUCGGAUGGCAAUCAGUCGCCGCCAGCGCUCCUUUUCUCGCAGGAACAAUGAUACAAGGAUUGAUUGUGCUAAACAAUCCUACAUACAUCUACAAGCGCUGGCAUGGAACCCUCCUCUAUUGGGCUGUACUUCUCCUUGCGCUGGUGUUCAACGUUUUGGGCAUCCGCAUUCUUCCGCACGUGGAGAACGCGUCGAUGGUCCUUCACGUUGUACUUUUCUUUAUCCUGCUGAUUGCCAUCAUCGCACUGUCACCGACAAAGAACUCGGCAUCUUUUGUCUUCACGGACUUUGAAAACCAAACUGGCUGGACCAGCAAUGGUGUCGCAUGGUGCAUCGGCAUGCUGAGUUCCUCGUACGUGCUUGUCGGCUACGAUGCGGCGACCCAUUUGAGCGAGGAAAUGUCCAACCCAGCAGUCGGUGUACCUCGUGCUAUGAUCGGCUCCCUGGUGUUGAACGGCAUCCUAGGCUUUUCCUUUCUGCUGGCCGUCCUGUUCUGCAUGGGCGACAUCGCCUCCGCAAUCGGAACAGCUACGGGAUUUCCCAUCAUUCAAAUUUUCUACACUGUCACGGGCAGCCUGGGCGCCGCCUCCGCUAUGACCACUGCCGUCAUACUCAUGGCAUCGGUUGCCACCAUUCCGCUCGUCGCCUCCGCGGCACGAACACUCUGGGCACUCGCGCGGGACUCUGCCUUUCCAUUUUCUCGCUGGCUUUCUCACGUGGACGAGAAGAGAGGCAUCCCCACCAGGGCGAUUUCGGUGACGACCUUGUUUCUCAUGCUCCUCGGCCUUCUGAACAUUGCCGCCAUCACAGCGUUCAAUGCAAUCCUCUCUCUGGCCGUCGUAGGUCUGUAUCUAUCUUACCUACUUCCCGUCGUCGUCAUCCUGUGGCGUCGUAUCAAGAAUCCCAAGUCAUUGAGGUGGGGACCAUUCGAGCUGGGAAGAUGGGGGAUAACGCUCAAUAUUGUCUCUAUCAUAUAUACGGUCUUUUGCUGCGUGUUUCUGGUUUUUCCGCCUUAUCAGCCAGUCACUGCGCAGAAUUUCAAUUAUGCGUCUGUUGUGCUUGGUGGGGUGCUGGCGCUGAGUGCGGCCUACUGGUUCAUUCGAGGAAGGAAGGUCUACACUGGCCCCGCAAUUGAGAUUUUGGGACGCACAGUCUCGAACAUCAGCCAUGUAUAG